AUGUCUUCCAAGCAGGCUCUUGUCAACAAACCUACGCUUAUCGAGUCUCUGCCUGCAGAGCUUGUCGCACGUAUUAUCUCCUCCAGGCCCUUCAGCAUUUACGAGCUCAUCAAGCUGAUGGGAGUCUCUCGCCAAUUCUUCUAUGCUAUCCUCGGUGACCCCACUCUUUGGACCACAGUAAACCUGCAGGUUGGCGGCCUGGAGAGGUGUCUGCCGUCAUAUUAUGCACUCCUCGAUCUGGCGCUCGAGCGUUCAGGAACCAGAACUUUACGCUUUGGAGUCUCUAUGACACCGGAAUGCUCUCCCACUAUGAUACGGAAAAUUGCAGCUCGUGUUGUGUUAUCGGCCGACCGUUUUAGCACCCUGGAGAUAUAUGCCAGAGGUAUUGACCCCCAAAAAGUCGUCCAAACUUGGGUCCACGAGCUCUGCAGUCUGGCCCUCCGGGAGGAGACCUCGCCCUUUACUGCUGUGAACAACUUUUUCGUUUUUCCCAUUCUGGAUGGUGUGAGCCGAUUCACCGCACUCGAUAUGGAAAACUACAAUCUAUCUCGGGUCUUCCCAAGGCUCCAACGUCUGAACUUGAUCCAACUGACGUUUCAUGCACGACACCUGAUCAAUGGACUGGCCAAUAGCCCCAACACUCUAGAAUCACUUUACGUUCACGGGAGCGCCUAUUCGGCCCCAGCACUGAUGGCGGGAGGUAUCCUGAAGCAUGCACCUCGUCUAAAGAGAUUGGGACUCAUUACCCAUACUAUUGUACCCGAUCCGGAGUCUAGAUUCGAAACACCCAUAAUCACUCGUCAGUCGUCCUUGGAGUUACUGGGGCUGGCCGGACCCUUGUCUUUCUUGCGCGACGAGCUUCAAUCCCUCCGCCUUCCAAGUCUACACAACCUCGCUCUUUUCAGGCAUCGCGGCUCCCCAAGCGGAGGCUCCUUGGUCGACGAUAUCUUGAGAUUGGUAGACGAGUCCGGAUCCAAGCUCACUUCCCUCACUCUCAAGAAUUUCUCAUUUUCCAACGAGAACUUGGUCAGACUGCUGGUGGCUUUGCCUCAUUUGGUCAACCUGCAUUUGACAUUUCCAGCUGGAGGCACCGAUCACCACCUCUUCCGCAUGCUUUUUGACAGAUCCCAGACGGGUACGGUCUUACCCAAACUGAAAGAGAUCGUCGUAGAAACGUGUCCCGAUUACGAAGGCAAAGUAUACGAGUUCCCCAAAGACACUUGGGAAGAGUUCGUUAACGACCCGAGGCGCCAGCCCGGUGGGAAUUUGGGUACCCUCACUUAUGCUCACUUAUCCUUUGGACAAAGCUCCAGGUCGACAUAUUUACACUAUUGCUUGCCAUGGCCAUUGAAUUAG